AUGGGCGAGCAACCAGCCGAGCGGCCAGCAGACGGGCAGCUGCACGGGAACGCACUCGGCUAUCUCCUCGUACUCAGCCAGCCCAGCGCACGCCUGGCACUCAACUGCCCCGAGACCACCAUCGGCUCAUCACCCCACCUGGCCACCAUCUGCCUCGAAGACCCCGCCAGGAUACAGGCCAUCCAUCUCAUCAUCCACAUCGACAACAACCACAGGGCUUCCCUCCAGGUCGUCGGCCCAUCCGGAAUCACCCUCAACAACAGCCAUCUCCAGCCAUCCCCAGAACCCGUGCCCCUCAACGAUCGGGACACGUUCUCUAUCGACCAGUUCCCGUUCAGAUGGGAACAGCGCUGGGACAACCAUCUCACCGACUGGUCAAGAUUCACCUCCCCCAGCAAACAACCACAACAACAACAAGAAGAAGAACCACAAACACUCCUGCUCGACAUCACUCCAGAAAAACAUCCCAGCCCGCCCAAACUGCUCAUCUCUCCCACCAAGAACAACCAGCAAUUCACAUUCCAAUGGGACCAAGAAUCCAACGUCUCCUUCCGCAGACGCCCCAGAAAUUCCAUCGACACCCACAGAUCCCGCGCCCACAGCCCCACCGACGCAGACCAGUCGAGCGAAGACGAAGAAGAAGAAGAAGAAGAAGAAGAGAGCGAUGAGCUGCCAACAACAGACCCAUCUUCGCUCCCACUGACCGGGAUAUCUCUGCAGGAAUCUCCCCAGGAUCCGCCGCCGCCAUCAUCCCCACAGGAAGCCAGCCCCUCCCAGCCCCCUCGACUCAAGAGUCUGCUCCAGAACCUGCUCAUCAAACAGGCCGUCCAGGUCCAUCUGGCCCACCACCCCCCAUCCACCCUUCCCGACGACGAGACACCCUCCUCCUCCUCAGCCGCCGCCUCGGGAUUCAGCAGCAGCGAAGACGAGCAGGAAGACGACGAUCCAGAGUCGACUGACACGGACGAUGAGAUCCUGCAGCGUCCUGCCGAGCCUGCUGACGUCAGCAUGGCCUCCUCGCCGCCUGCCAGUCCGAACCCCACCAUAGCCCCUUCAGACGCGAUCUGCCCCAGCAACCCGGUCUCGCUCCCAAGCACGCUCGUCCGGCCCACAUUCGACCGCCGCUCGCUCUCGCCCAACGCCCAGCUGCUCUCGGAGUUCCAACAGACCGGCUCUCCCACGCGCACAUCGCCCCCCAAGACGCUCGUGUUCCCGCUCAAGAGCAGCUUCAGAAGACAGUCCUACUCCGCCCACGAGCUCGCCGCCUUCUCAUCACCCCCUCCUUCCUCCUCAUCCACCUCGCCCUAUCCUACCACCCCCUCCCCUUCCUCCCCCUCCUCCUCCUCGUCGCGCGCCGUCCGGCUCAAUACCCAGAUCAACAGUCGCAGUCCUAGCUUCCCCGUCGACCCUCACCCGCCGAGCAAUGCAGAAGCGCUUCGUAACCGUCUGCGUAGCAGCGCAAGAGCUCCGGCCUCUGCCCUUCCUUCCCCGCCGCCACCGCCGCCACUACCACCACCACCAGUCCCAGAGCCCACCCAUCUCACUCCAGCAGCAAUCCCUCACCGGAUCAUCCGGACCCCCCGCUCUUUCCUCAUCAAACGUCGCGGAAGCCUGACCCCCCUCACCGCGCCCGUCUGCGACAACACCCUGCUCCUGCUCCCAUCGCAGAACGAGGAGGACUACCAACACGCCACCCUCGCCGACGACAACAAGAAGCGCAAAGUCCGCUUCGACCGCGACGUCUUCUGCUUGGAGUUCGACCAGCUCCCCGAAGAACUCCCGCUCUCUCGCCAGCCCAAACGGGCCAAAGUCCUUCCGGAAGACGACCAGCCUGAUCCAGCAACUACUAAGCGCAAAGGACAGCGGAGGAACACGGUCUCCGUCGACCGGCCCCGCCGCCAAUCGCCCCGCCUGGUCGUCCCGCUAACAGCGCCGAUCGAGGAGGAAGAGCUGUCGGAUCUGGAGGCGCCGAGUGCGCCGGGGGAAGGAACGCAGGCGUGUGCGGCCGCCGCCCCGGUCGAUCUCAGCGGCCUCUCGCUCUCCAACCCACCUUCCCCCAGCCCCGCCGAUGCCGCCCAUCUUCCCUCAGGUCCCCGUCCGCCAGCUGACCCGCGCCCUGCAAGCCUCCCAGGACCACCCUCCUCGAGCUCAGUAGCCGCCGAACAAGAAGGAGAGGCCAAGAGCCCGGCGCGCAGAGGAUCGAUGAUCGACGCCCUCGCCGCCCGGCUCUUCUCCCAAGACCCCUCGUUGAUGACAAGCCACCGAAGACGGCAAUCGGAGCCCGCACGCCUAGACGAGGUUGCGCGCCGCUUGGACACCCUCCAACUGAGCUCCACCGGCGACGGCGUGGAGGGGGCAGACGAAGUCGGCCGGCCGGGCCGCGUCCGGCCCCACUCGGCGCCCGCAGCAGCCUCCUCCAUCGUCCCCUCCUUGCCCGCAUUCUCCCCCGCCCUCGUCGGCGUCAAGCAGCUCUUCUUCGGCUCUUCCGCCGCCGCCCGCGCGUCCUUCGGCGACGGCUUCAGCGCCCUCUUCAGACGGCUCCGAGACGCCAUGGCCGUCCCUGCUGCCCUGGAGCGCACCGCUCCAGCUCCCGCGCCUCGGCGCGGCCCGGGGCGUCCCAAAGCCGGGCCAACGCCUGCUCUUGCGGCGCCCGACGAGCUCUCUGGACCCGCGGCCCAACCCACAGAAGCGGAUCGGCCGAGACGGCCCCGAGGGCGACCGCCGAAGGCCCGCCUGCCUCCGCCCUCCUCCGCCGUCACCAGCCCCGCUGCCGAGCCCGCCGGGCGGCCCCGCGGCAGACCGCCGAAGCCCCGUCCGCCUCCCUCCGCGCCGGAAACCGGCCCCGCUCGGCCCCUCUCGCCCGACACCCUUCCCCGGCCCCGCCGCCCGGCCAGAGCUGCCCUGCCCCUCUCCGCCGCCGCCCAGGACACUCUGGCCCCGCCGAGCCGGCCCGCUCUGAGGCCCAGAACCCGCCGCUCUCCCCUCCCCCCCUCCGCCUCUUAA